AUGAGUGAGAAUCCAAUCAUAUUUGACAGCCAAACAAGAUCUCUAGGGGGCACGGAGCAAAAUUGGUGCAAAGCAGUGGCUGGUGGAACAGGGAUUACAGCAUUGGCACUCCAAGUUUCCAAGGAACCAAACAUUCCACUUUUCAAAAAAUCCCUUCAGAAAAUCCAAAAUGACCAUCCCAGCCUCAACUCUGUGCUACACAAAAACGCCUCCAACGGUUCACCUUCCUUCAUCAUCAACCCUCCUAUCCCUUCCAUCCGCCUCAACAUCAUGACCAUGUCCAAAACAUCUGAACUCCUCCGAACCCUCAUGAGCCGCGGCUCCAACAACUCUCUAUCGCCGUUACAUCUGAUUCUUGAGCAUGAACUCAACAUCAACGAGUGGUCUGAUAUUACUGGCCGUUCGUUGUGCAUGGGAGGCUUGCCCUUAUGGUUUGCUAAUGCAUACACGUUGCCUGACCGCAAAUGGGUGCUGGUGUUGAGGUUACACGCGGGGAUAUGUGACCGGACCACUGCGGUUUCGUUUCUUAAGGAGUUGAAGGAAGCGAUGGGGGAGAAGGAGGGAGGGUAUAAAGAGAAGGGAAAUAUGGGAAUAGAGGAACUUAUUCCUAGUGGGAAAACUAAGAAGACACUUUGGUCCCAUGGGAAGGACAUGAUGGCAUACUCGCUUAACUCCCUUAGGCUCACAAAUUUGAAGUUUAAGGAUGUCAAAUCUCCUAGACAUUCUGAGGUGGUGAGAUUGAAGAUGAACACUCAAGAAACUCAUAUGCUAUUGACUGGUUGCAAGUUGAGAGGAAUCAAAUUAUGCGGCGUUUUAGCAGCUGCAAUACUACUUGCGGCUUAUUCAUCCAAGCGCCACUCGAGUAACAACCACGGGAAAAAGUAUGGGGUGAUCUUCCUAAACGAUUGCCGCUCCUAUCUCCAACCAUCUCUAUCCAUUCAUGAAUUUGGAUUUUACCACUCUGCCAUCUUGACAAGUCAUGAAGUGAAAGGAGAUGAAAUCCUAUGGAACUUGGCAACCAUGAUCUACAUGGCUUUUGUGAACUCUAAAAACAACAAUAAACAUUUCUCAGAUAUGGCUGAUUUGAACUUCCUCAUGUCCAAAGCCAUAGACAACCCUAGUUUGACACCAUCGUCUUCAUUGAGAACUUCAUUGGUAUCUAUCUUUGAGGAUCCUGUCAUUGAGACAUCAAGCGAUGCUGAACGGGAACUUGGACUAGACGACUACAUUGGGUGUGCCUCUGCUCACGGAGUAGGUCCAUCCAUUGCCAUUUUUGAUACUGUACGAGAUGGACAAUUGGAUUGCGCUUGUGUUUACCCUGCACCAUUACAUUCAAGAGAACAGAUGCAGGAAUUGAUUGCGAAUAUGAAGUUCAAUCUUCUUGAGAGUUUCAAAAUGGAGGAAAAGCUUGAAACUUAGAGUUGCAUUGCUACAAAUAUGAUAUGCUACCUAUUUUAAUUAUUACUCAAAUUUAUGUCAAACAAACGUAUUAGACAAUCUUUGUUGACGUAUUGAUCUUUUAUGUACCAAUGUUAUGCAUGAUUCUAUAUUAAUUAAAACUUGUCUU